AUGAGGAUUACAAAACCUGUUUUUGAAGAAGUAACCGCAACCCAUGAUAGCCAUGACUCAACACCAGCUCUUCUUGGGCAACUUAUGUCCUAUCAAGACGAGAUUAUUAAACAGCGUGGUGGCGGUAACCUUAAAAUCUAUACAGAAAUUUUACGUGAUGAUCAGGUAAACAGCUGUUUUCAGCAACGACGUAGUGCGGUUGUCUCUUGGCGUGUUGUGUGUGAGCCUGGUGGUGAUCGUAAACAAGAUAAAGCUGCUUGUGAUUUUAUUGAAGAUGUCCUCAAUAAUCUUAAUUUUGAUGAUCAUACAAGUAAAAUGCUCUAUGGUGAGCAUUACGGGUAUUCGGUAGCAGAAUGUUUGUGGGGGCGGGAUGGUCGUUUUAUUACCUUAGAAGAUAUCCGGGUUCGUGAUCGUAGCCAGUUUCGCUUUCGCAAUGACGGUAAUUUGGUCAGACUGACAAGAAAGCAUCCUAGCGGUGAGUUAAUGCCUGAUUAUAAGUUUUGGGUCUUUUCUUUUGGUGCAGACCAUGACAGCAAUCCUUACGGUUUAGGGCUAGCUCAUUAUGCUUAUUGGCCAGUCUUUUUUAAACGACAAGAUAUUAAGUUUUGGUCUAUCUUUUUAGAGAAAUUUGGUAAACCCACAACCCUUGGUAAAUAUAAUCGUGGUCAAGAUGGCACCAAAGACAAACAGAAGUUACUAGAAGCUCUAAAAGCUAUUGGUACAAGUAGUGCGGUUAUUAUUCCAGAUAGUGUUCAGGUUGAGUUGUUAGAAGCUACGCGCGGUGGCAAAGGUGGCUAUGAACAGAUCUAUGAUCGUAUGGAUGCUGCUAUUUCUAAAGUUUAUUUGUCUCAGACAAUGACCACAGAUGAUGGUAGCAGCAAAUCGCAAUCGGAAACCCAUAAAGAAGUACGAGACGAUGUUAUUCAGUUUGCUGCGGACAUGUUAAAUGCUAGCGCACGAGAUAGUUUUGUAAAUUGGCUUACAGCAUGGAAUUAUCCAGGUGCCAAGGUACCGAUUAUUAAACGUGUACCGGAAGAGAAUGAAGAUUUAAACAAAAGAGCUGAACGUGAUAUUAAGUUGUAUCAGAUGGGGUUUGAUUUAACCGAAGAAUACGUUCAACAAACCUACGGUGACGGUUUUCUCAAACGAGUCACUAGUGUGCCUGCUAGCGCAGGGGUCACUGGCGUGGCGGCGGUAGGCGUAGGGCUACCUGCUGCUAGCAGGCAAUCCGGAGCUAAUAACGAUAACGCUCCAUCGGGUAGUAGCCCCGCGCCAGCGGAUGGCUCCGUGCCAGCGGCGUUUGGGGAGGCAGAAGAGCAGACAGACGAAGAAGUAAUGACAGAUCAUUUAGAUGAGGCAACCAGUCAAGUACUAGAUGGAAUGAUUGAUCAGGUACGCGACCUUGUUAGUCAAGCAACGUCACCAGAAGAGCUGCGCGAUCAACUUAUUAAUCUCUAUCCUGAUUUAGAUAUUUCAAGACAGGCUGCCAUCAUUCAGAGAGCUCUCGUUGCGGCAGAGCUUAAAGGUCAAGUCGAUGUACUAGAGGGCAAUUGA